CUUGUAAAUGUGAAUUUUAUUUCGUCUGUGUGUCUGAAAUCAAAAGUAUAAAUUUAAGUUUUUAGUCUAUCGAUAUCGCAGCAGCAGCAGCAACAACAACUAAAACACAAGUGGCAGUGUUUGUUGGUGUCGGCAGAGAGGAAGAUAGCGUUUCGUUCGCGUAUAUACAUAUACAUAUACAUAUAAAUAUAUAUAUGUGUGUGUAUGUGUGCGUGUGAAAGAGAGACCAAGAGAAAAACAUUCACAAUCAAUUUGAUAACUUAAAAGAAACGUAACAGUGCCGCAGCAGAGUGCAAAGCAGCCGUGCAGCAAACAUCGAGCAGCGGCCAGUGGCAGAGGCUGAGGCGUAGGCGUCGUCUUCGUCUUCGUCUUCGUAGCUAAGCGCUGUUCACGCAGCAACAGCAAUUAACUGUUAAACGUUACAACAAAACACUUUGUGAUCGUGCUUAAACGGUAGCCAGAGAGUAAGACAUAGUGUGAGCGAGGAGAGAGAGAGAGCGAGAGUGAGAGCCAACCGUCUUCGUCAACGUCAACGUCAGCGUCACCAUGGACAACUUAAUCCCGAUCGUCAAUAAGCUGCAGGAUGCAUUCACAUCGCUGGGGGUGCACAUGCAAUUGGACUUGCCACAAAUUGCCGUCGUUGGUGGACAGUCGGCUGGCAAGAGUUCGGUGCUGGAGAAUUUCGUGGGCAAAGACUUUCUGCCCCGAGGUUCGGGCAUUGUGACGCGCAGGCCUUUGAUUUUGCAGCUGAUCAACGGCAUUACCGAGUAUGGCGAGUUUCUGCACUGCAAGGGCAAGAAGUUCUCGAGCUUCGACGAGAUACGCAAGGAGAUCGAGGACGAAACAGAUCGCGUGACGGGCAGCAACAAGGGCAUCUCAAACAUUCCGAUUAAUUUGCGCGUCUAUUCGCCGUACGUGCUCAACUUGACGCUGAUCGAUUUGCCCGGCCUGACCAAGGUGGCGAUCGGUGAUCAGCCGGUGGACAUUGAGCAGCAGAUUAAGCAAAUGAUAUUCCAAUUUAUACGCAAGGAGACCUGUCUGAUAUUGGCGGUAACGCCGGCCAAUACCGAUCUGGCCAAUUCGGAUGCGCUCAAGCUGGCCAAAGAGGUGGAUCCGCAGGGCGUACGCACGAUCGGUGUCAUUACCAAGCUGGAUCUGAUGGACGAGGGCACCGAUGCCCGUGACAUACUCGAGAAUAAGCUGUUGCCGCUGCGACGCGGCUAUAUUGGUGUGGUUAAUCGUUCCCAAAAGGAUAUCGAGGGGCGCAAGGAUAUACAUCAGGCAUUGGCCGCCGAGCGCAAAUUCUUUCUCAGCCAUCCGUCGUAUCGGCAUAUGGCCGAUCGUUUGGGCACACCCUAUUUGCAGCGCGUGCUCAAUCAGCAGCUGACCAAUCACAUACGGGACACAUUGCCCGGCUUGCGCGACAAACUGCAAAAGCAGAUGCUAACACUGGAGAAGGAGGUCGAGGAGUUCAAACAUUUCCAGCCGGGCGAUGCCAGCAUCAAGACAAAGGCCAUGCUGCAAAUGAUCCAGCAGCUGCAGUCGGACUUUGAGCGCACCAUCGAGGGCAGCGGCUCCGCGCUGGUCAACACAAACGAACUGUCCGGCGGCGCCAAGAUCAAUCGCAUAUUCCACGAGCGGCUUCGCUUUGAGAUCGUAAAGAUGGCCUGCGAUGAGAAGGAGCUGCGCCGCGAGAUCUCGUUUGCCAUACGCAACAUACACGGCAUACGUGUGGGCCUGUUCACGCCGGACAUGGCCUUCGAGGCGAUUGUCAAGCGUCAGAUAGCUUUGCUCAAGGAGCCGGUCAUCAAGUGCGUGGAUCUAGUCGUACAGGAAUUGUCCGUUGUUGUGCGCAUGUGCACCGAUAAGAUGAAUCGCUAUCCGCGCCUGCGCGAGGAAACGGAACGCAUCAUUACCACGCAUGUGCGGCAGCGCGAGCAGCGCUGCAAGGAGCAAAUCCUAUUGCUCAUCGACUUUGAGCUAGCCUACAUGAAUACCAAUCACGAGGAUUUCAUUGGCUUUGCCAACGCUCAGAAUAAAUCGGAGAAUGCAAAUAAGACCGGCACCCGACAGCUGGGCAAUCAGGUCAUACGCAAGGGUCAUAUGGUCAUACAGAAUCUGGGCAUCAUGAAAGGCGGCUCGCGUCCUUAUUGGUUUGUGCUAACAUCGGAGAGCAUCUCCUGGUACAAGGACGAGGAUGAGAAGGAAAAGAAAUUCAUGUUGCCGUUGGAUGGUUUGAAAUUGCGCGAUAUUGAACAGGGCUUUAUGUCAAUGUCUAGACGUGUUACAUUUGCUUUAUUCAGUCCCGACGGACGUAAUGUUUAUAAGGAUUACAAACAACUGGAGCUGUCCUGCGAGACGGUCGAGGAUGUGGAAUCGUGGAAGGCAUCAUUCCUGCGCGCCGGCGUCUAUCCCGAGAAGCAAGAGACCCAGGAGAAUGGCGACGAGGAAGGACAAGAGCAAAAAUCGGCCAACGAGGAGAGCUCCACGGAUCCACAAUUGGAACGGCAGGUGGAGACCAUUCGCAAUCUAGUCGACUCGUACAUGAAGAUCGUCACGAAGACCACACGGGAUAUGGUCCCGAAGGCCAUCAUGAUGCUGAUCAUCAACAAUGCCAAGGACUUUAUCAACGGCGAACUGUUGGCCCAUCUCUAUGCCUCCGGUGAUCAGGCACAAAUGAUGGAGGAAUCGGCCGAGUCGGCAACACGUCGCGAGGAAAUGCUGCGCAUGUAUCGCGCCUGCAAGGAUGCCCUGCAGAUAAUUGGUGACGUAUCGGUGGCAACUGUAUCCUCGCCCUUGCCGCCGCCCGUUAAGAACGAUUGGCUACCAAGCGGCCUGGAGAAUCCGGGUCUAUCGCCGCCCAGUCCCGGCGGCCCGCGCAAGCCAGCACCCACCGCACAGGGCUCGUUGGGCGGACGCAAUCCGCCAUUGCCACCGGCAACUGGACGUCCCGCGCCGGCCAUACCGAGCCGCCCCGGCGGCGGUGCACCCCCGCUGCCCGGCGGCCGGCCAGGCGGGGCGCUGCCACCCCCGUUGCUGCCCUCUCGCGUCACUGGAGCUGUCGGCGGCGCCUUGACACAGCAAUCGGGCGCCAAUCGCUACAUCCCGGAGAGCAUGCGCGGACAAGUGAAUCAGGCUGUGGGCCAGGCGGCCAUCAAUGAGCUCUCCAAUGUGUUUGCCACACGGUUCAAUCGGCCGGGCAUGAAUGCCCCGCCCAAGCUGCCCGAACGCCCCUCCUACUACGGCAACACGACCAACGGGCGCCCCUACUGAGCGCGCACGCUGCAGCGGGGGACACGGUUGGACACAGCGUAUACAUUGCUCCGAAUUCCGAAUUCCGAAUUCGGAGUGUGCUACUGUUAAGCGAUCACUGUAUUAUUUUGUAUGUAUGUGUUGUUAACAGGCGUGUGCGUGUGCGUGUGCGUGUCUGGACUUUUUCCUCUGUUGUCAAACUGUACUAAAGUGUGUAGUAUAACACUUGCGACUGGUCCCCCUAUUAAUGCUAGACAUAUCAUAGUUAACAUAUAUAUGUAUAUCCAAGCUGUAUGUAGUUAUAUAUAAUUUACACACACACACACACACACACACACACGCAUAGACAGGCCUACACACACACAUGCAUAUAAUAUAUAUAUUUGUAGUUAAUGCUUAACGUUAAGCUAAGAGAGUUAAGCGCCUAAGUGGAAGAGAAAAGCAGCCUCAACUGUCAUACAGUCAUACAGUUAAACCGUUAUACAGUCAUACAAUUUAGCACAGCUGUGCGUAUAACACGAUAUCGUUAAAGUUCAACAAAGAAGAAACAAAAAAUGAAAAAUAUCCAUUUCUCUGUGCAUUGUAAAUAUUUCAAAUA